UAAUUGCAUAUUUCACUGAUAAAAUCCAUCAGUAUUUUAACGGAGGUAAAAAUGAAGAUAAAGAGGAACCCGAAGUUGAAAAAAAUAAAAUACCCAGGACUAUCAAAGCUAACACUGCUGUAGUUCGUCGUAGUAGUAGAAUUAGAAAUACAAAAAAAUAA